ACCCAUCACCCUGGUCGAUAGCGGGUUCUGCUGACAAUCCGAUUCACUUGUUCGCUGCUGUCGCGAACGCGUUCCUUCGCACACGCACACUUGUCGAAUUGUUCGCGCGGUCUGCUCAUUGCUUUUCGCGCGUCGAAGUCUCGCCGCGCUCGACCGCACACUCAUUGACGAUUUCGACCGGCGAUCGUUCAGCUCGAACUGUGAUCGGAUUCCGUGUUACAGUCGCUGUCCAUCAGUCGGUACCGGGCGCACGGUACGUUGCCGAGUCCGCAUUUUACGCUCCCGUAACGCGUACCGUGGCCGAGCCUUUGCCCGUGCAGUUUGUUUGCCGUGAACUAUUAUUAAUGCAAUAGUGGACAAUCUCUCCCAGGCGGCGAACAUGUAAAGGGCAGCCAGGGCCUGUAACGUGUGGUACACGUGGAAGAUGUACUAUGGCACAGUUUGAAAAUUUGAUCAACUCCGUCCCUGUACCGUGUUACGUGCGCUUACUGUUGUUGCUGCUGUUGCGGUUGGAUCUGCCGGAAAGGGCAGGCAGGCCCAUUUGUGAAUGACAGCAAUUUCCGCCCCCAAAAAAAAAGCAAAGCAAAAAAUUAAGAAACUCGUCCAUGAGCUGCGAUCUUUAAUCGAUUAGUGGUUCAAUUGUUUGUGUAAGGUGUAUGGUCCGGUGCAAAAUUUCUCAGCCACUACCUAAUCUGCCCCCCCAAUCGGAUUGGGCCGACCGAUAGCUUCGCUGGAAGCAACGCGCGAUCGUCAAUCAAACACGCACCGAAUUCAUAAAUUUUUGCAAAGUGAUAAUUGAUCGUACAAAAAAAAAAGUUAUCAUCUGCUGUAAGCUUCGAAGCAUUAAGGUAAAGUGAGUGUGUAGGAGUGUGUGUGUGUGUGCAAAGGAGAAGUGCAAGGAGAAGGCGGUUCCUUCGGUCAACUAUCUGAUCGUGCAGGGGCGUACGCGUGCAAUCAGGCAUAGAUCAGGCUUGGGCUUGGGUAGAAAAGAUUACUGUAUGCACCACGCUGGUGCACAACCGAUGCGUACCUGUUUUACACCGGAAUGUCCGAGUGAGUAUUGCGUUCGCGUUGUGACCGUACGAAACACCCGCAACGUGCCCGCGAUCCCGAUCCCGCAAGUGGAGGAUGUGUGUGGCGUACGUAGGAAUCGGAGAUAAACGGGGUAGAUCUCAGUGAAUCUCGCUGCUGGCGGUAAGGUGAGAAGUUUUUGCCCAGCUUUGCGCCGCCACGGCCGGUAGUGACUGAAACGAGCGAAUCGGAAAGAAAACCAGUACGCGAAUGUGAAUGAAUGCCGCGCGGGCAGGAAGAUGGAAUUCUAGUCCCGAGUGGAGGUUGAUCCCGCACGGUGGACCUCCGCAAAGUUCAUUCCAUCGUCGGUGCAGGUGGAGUGAUGUGGUAGUGGCUUAUGCUGUCGUAUUGGAUCCAACACGCCGGUGCCAAAGUUUCGCUGCGUAAGGUGAGAGUGUUUUUCACGACUGCCGGUGAAGGAUGUUGUGAUAGGUGAGGUGGGUGCGAUGCACAAACAAGUGUAAAGUGUCAUUUAAACAAUUUGGCUGCAAGUAAUAUAACGCGCGUGAAGCGAAACUCCUUUUGCAGUCCGCAAUCUUAACUGAUCGUAGUGCGUAGUUGCGUAAGUGUAGCACCCGAUUCGACCCGAAAGGUGGAUAAGUGCAGUGUAGUGUUGCAACUCGCUGAUCUAAUCGCAGUUUCGGGGGUAAGGUAGACGCACCAAUGUACAGCCAUGACGCCCAAAGAGUGGUUCGCUUUGCUCCUGUUUUAUGCCGCGUACCUGUUCAUGGGCGCCAGCGUGUUCUAUCAUGUCGAAAACGACCUGGAGACGGAGCGCCGGGCUGAAGAGCUAGCAGAACGAAUCGAAAUUAAUGAAAUGCUCGUAAAAUAUCUGUCACCGGAAGAUGUGUUGUUGCAACGGAAGCUGAUUGGACGUUUGGAUGGGUACUGUGGAAGCAAGGUGACAAAUUACACCGAAGACGAGUACGAGCCACCUUACGUUUGGGAUUUUUAUCAUUCGUUCUACUUUGCCUUCAUUAUCUGUUCAACUGUCGGCUAUGGAAACAUCUCGCCGCACAACACGUUCGGAAGAAUAUUUUUAAUCUUUUACGCACUCAUCGGUCUGCCGGUCAACGGUUUCUUUUUCGCGUACGUUGGCGAGUUCUGGGCACGUGGAUUUGUCCGGCUGUACCGACGCUACAAGGCGUAUAAAUUAUCUGCCAACGCACGGUACGCACCGCGUAGGAUCAGCCUUAUUGGGCAGAUUGUGCUGUACCUCGUACCCGGCGUGAUCGUGUUCAUCUUCGCACCGGCGUGCGUUUUUACCUACUUCGAGAAGUGGCCGUACGACGUGUCGGUGUACUACGCGUUCGUUACGCUGACGACGAUCGGAUUUGGUGACUACGCGGCAUCGUUCCAAUCGUCACAGGAGCACGAGUUCGGGUCGCUGUUCACCGUCUACAAGAUAUUCAUCAUAUUUUGGUUCUUCGCCGGAAUCGGUUACAUUUUUAUGAUUUUGGGGUUUAUUGCCAAAGGUAUAUCGCACAAGAAGAUUCAAAACCUGGAAAAGCUGGUCGCUUCCAACCUGAAGGAAACGCAGCAUCGCGUGUGGAACGGAGUUACCAAAGACAUUAGUUACCUGCGCAAGAUUCUGAACGAGGUGUACAUGCUCAAGUUUAAGCCCGUGUAUGAGGAACCUUCGGACCGGUGGUUGAGUCUCUCGAAAAGCAGAUCGAGCUCCUGUCCCGAGCUGUCGAUGUAUCGUACGACAGAGUGUCCCAUCACUCGACGCAAGCGCGCCAACUCGGAAAGUGUUCUGGUGCUGUCGGAACCGAGAUCCCUCGAUGGUGGUUCGCUGGUGCGUCGCCUCUCCGAUACCGAUCUGAAUCGUAUCAAUCGCGAGAAAACGUUCGGUGUGCAGGCGCUCGUACAGCCGGCCGAACUGCUUGCCCGCGUUGUGACGGCACUGGGCAACAUCACGGCCAAUCCGGACGAUAAUCAAAGCUUCCUCGAGCGAGCAUCACUAAAUGCGGGUGUGAACUGCUUUUCCGACUCACAAAUUCUAGCGAGCGAACGAACCUGGUCCGGCUGGUCGAUGAGUGGAUCGGACAAGAGCGCCUACUUGACGGCACCCCCGAUGCGGCCUCGAGCCGCCUCCGAUAUUGGGCUGCCACCACACGCUACAUCGCAGGAUGCAAACGAGUGGACUUGGAGCGGUGGUGACAACACGCAGAUACAGCAGAUAUUGCAGAUCCGGCAGAAGGUGAAGCAGAAAGAUAACCUUCUACGGGCGGCUUUAUCUAACAACGCAACGUUUGACUCUAGCCUAACGAUCAACGUUCCUCCAACCGGUCCGGAGGUUAAAGCUUCCGCCGUAAACCGUGGUAUGCUGCAGCGGCUAAAUCCAUUCCGCAAGCGUUCCAAGACACCCGCUCCGGACCUGGAAGCGGGUCCCCCGCUCGACUCUUACCUAUCGGCCACCAGCAAGGGUCGCAGUUCGAUGUUUAAUCUGCCCACCUCAUCCUACCUGAUGGCGACGUCGCGAGGACGGGGUUCGAUUCUGUCGAUGCCGCCGCAGGAUGAGCAUCUGCUCGAAACGACUACCAUAGGCGAUCUGUUGCGUGCGCUGGAGCGGAUGCACACGGACACAGUAACGGCCGGGGAUUCGCUUGGUCGAAACAGCAAUAUGCCCUCGACGGGUGUGGGGCAGAGCAAUUUACCGUCGCUGUUAACACUGUUCACACCACCGAUGGAGGUUGGGUCGCGGCGUGGAUCUAUGAAACCAGCACUGGCACGCACGGGAAGUGCCGAUUCGGCACCGAUCAAUCGACGACCAUCGUUCCGUCCAACAAAUCCACCGUCCUACUCAGCGACGGUGUCCGGAUCGCCCGGUGGAGGCGGUAGUCCGACGCUCAGUGUUAUCAGCCCAUCACCGAAGCCCAUCCGGCGGCGGUUUAGCGUGCGUCCGUCGAAUCUCGCCUAUCCACCGGGUCACUGUCCACGGCCGCUCAUGGGUACAGCCGAACAGCUGGGUGCAUCGCACAUUAGCUCGUCGUCCCAAUCGUUGCACAAUCUGCCCACGACGACAUUGCAGCGAAGGCUCUCAGCUCGACCGAGCCCGCUAGCUACGAAUCAAUCCUCCCACCUGACCGUACCGACGGCAGUGCCAGGUGCCGGCGGUAUGGGUGCUGCCGGGAACAGUCCAGGACAGUUCCGGUGGAGACCGAACCUGAUGCGAUCAGAUUCGGAUCAAUCGGCAGCACCGGCCGGGCUACCAGUAGCGAACAGUGCACGCAAUCGUCACAGUAGUUUAUCGAAUCUGUUCGAUCAGAAGCGUUAGCGAGGAGGCAGAAGUGAUGUAUUGAACAAAAAAUGAAGGGAAAUCAACCAGGAUGAAUUAGCAUCAACAACAGCGUGAACGCCACCAUGGAAUGUAUCAGUAUUGUUCCGUUGUCCUGCGGACAACGGCUAGAAAUAUGAAGCUAUUUAUGAAAAAAACAUUCGAUGCCAUUCAAACCAGUCAUUAUGCGUUUGUUAGUUUGUAGAUACGAUGUAACACACCAGUGGUUCAUGAACGGCUCUGGACCAGUGGAGGCGAAUGUGAUUCUGUCACGGACACAGUGAUAGUUUACAACAGAAAAAGGGGCAGCAAAUAGCGGAAUAAAUACAAUCGUACGGCAAACAAUAAAA